CGCCCUGAAUCAACCGGCACCAUGUCGAGCUGGGUGGCCCUGAAUAUCGAGCCGGAUGAGGCGAUUGAAGAGGAGGUCGAUGACACGAAGGAGAUCCAGAUUGAGGAGGCUCUCAAGCUCUACCAGAAUGCCCUGAAACUGCAUUCCCAGGGCCCGGAGUUCUAUCCCCAGGCCGCAGAGGCGUAUGAUGCUCUCCUGGACUCCGAAAUAUUCAAGUACCCGGAGUCCGCCUCGGACUACAAGCGAGCCGCAUUACAGGCCUCGGAUGCUCAGUAUGACGAUGUGCCGGGCGCGGGUGCUGCAGCCCUCACGGAGUUCGAUAUCAAUGACUCUACGUCGAGCACGUUGAUGCAGACCAUUUACCUGUCUUAUAAGAACCACGGACAGUACAUCUUGGAUGCGCUACGCGCAACCCUCCAAGAUGCCCCUAUGUCGCCUGAGGAUACCGAGGAGCUACAGGCCAAAACCAACGAGCAAACAAGCACGGCCUUGAUAGCCUUCGCAGAAGCCCUGGAACGCGACGACUCGGAUCUGAAUCUCUGGAGACAGAGCGCAAGACUUUGCAGUGCUUUACAGAGCUCCCGACUAACGCGCUACUGCCUAGAGAGUGUUCUUGCGGACGACGACAACCGCCUGGAGGUUCGGACAGAGCAGUUGGGAUUGGAGGAGACCUUUGCAGAAGAGCGUCUGCGUGAGGUACUGCAGUCGCUGCUGGAUCGCGUGUCUGUGGCUCAGGUUCCCUUGAAGAAGCCGAAGAAAGCUCUUCUUAAAUUUCUUCAGCGCCAGGCAGAUCCCUAUCCGUAUCUUCCAAUCCUCCCGUUGAGCCUGCAGGAAACGAAGCCGUCAAGACACCCUCUUGCCUUGCGGGGUUCUCGUCGCGAGAUUAAACCUGCUAGCCCUACCUGGGCCGCAGUUGGCAAGUCCAUAAUCCAAACCCUGACUGAGGAAGAAUUGGGUGCCUCUGGAACUGGACCUGGGAUGUCUGUUGGCAUAUCCUUGCCAGCUCUCAGCCCCGAAAUGAAGUCCACCGAAGUCCACCGUCGAGCGUCGAUUUCGCAGAUAGGUGAGGCUAAGUCUAGUCGGCACCAAGAUGUCUCCCAAUCAGGGGACAGUCAGCCAACUAUCAAACCCGAAGGGCCUGAUACCAUUACAGAUCAAGUUGACGACCAUUCGUCCAUCGAUCAGCGCGCAGAGAAGCAGCUCAUGGAAUCGUUGGAGAUCCAGUCUACGCCUGUCCCAAAGUCUGGUGGUCAGCACGAAACUCCAGUUGCCGAUGAGGCCGAUGUAAAACUGGCUUCGAGUAGUCGAAAGCGCUCAUCAGCGUCUGCUAUAACCGAGGAUCAGGCAGACCGCAUACGGGCAAAAGCGAGGAGAACCCGCCUCCGCGAAGCGACCGAAGAUGUCUCAUUUCAAGCAGACGAAGUCACCAUCGACCUGAACAAAUACUAUGAAGACCGUCUUGAGGCAUUUACUCAGGCCGAUGAAUGGCUAUUCGGCACUGCGGGAUCCUUGUUAUCCAAAAUCGGGGUGGAAGAACUAGGAAGCAUCGAUGAGCUGAGAAAGCAAGUUUGCUCUAGCAAUGAUACUACUGAAUCCGCAACUGCCAUGGUCUGUACUCCCGAGGACCCAGAACACUUGUUGGUAACGGAUCUUAUGGAUAUUCUGAAACAUUGGGACGAAGUAAAAUCUCAAGCAAUGUACCAGCCCGACAAUCUUGAAAUUCGCAGCAUGGGGAAGUCGGGGCUCGCGAUAUUCCUAGAGCACUCGAGGAAGUCAGCCAGGAAACUAGGCACGAAGCAAAUCCUUACUGGUAAAGAUGAACUCUACACUUUCCUGAGGGCGAUCAACGACGGAUGGUUCAAUUCGCAUGAUGUCGCCUUGAGCUGGCUUAAAGCGCUUCUGAUGCCAAAUUUUGCUCAAUUUGCAGAUGUCAGUGGGUCACAGGAGUUCCCAGCCUUGAAGUCGGCGUAUACUUUGUAUCAAUGGCCGGAUUCUCUAAAAGAAAUGGUGGUGCAACUCUUACUACGUGAAGAUGAACACAUCUACAAAGCAAUGUGCGAGCAGACAGAGAGCCUUGAGGACCAGCUCCUCUCUAGCGGACCAGAGAGUUCGUUCUCAUAUACCUUUCGAAACUUCGCAGAUUUGGAGAUGGUUCAGACAGUAUUCGAACUUCAUCUCGAUAUAUUCGCAUCCAUAAACAACCCAAACAGCGAAGUUGACAUCCAGACAAGACUUUUGCAGCGGGAUCGCUUAGCAAGAUGGUGUCUACUUGCGCGAACCUCGCUGACCCAUUUCCUGGACCACACCCCUCCUAGCAAUUCUCAGGAAACCAUUGUUCUUCGUCACAUCUGGGCAUCGGCUUUCCAUUCGAACAUGACUACAAAUGCCCAGAGGGAGCACGUACUACUUUGCCUUCAGGAGCUGAAGCAUUUCUUAAUAUGUCUGAAGGAUCCAGUGGUGACUCUUGUGAAUAAUGCAGCAAUGCCUGAGUUGUCAUCGGGGGCAGUGGACCAAGAAAUCUCAAAACUGAGUUCUAUGGACUUUUUCAUGAGAAUAUUUAACCCGACUUCGGAGGACCCUGUCGAUCUCAUCGAGACAAUUGAGCCCAUCCUCGAUCCAUCGUCUGUUCAAUUCGUCGAGGAAGGUCCGAACGGCGAAGAGCUCGCGCAGCCCGCUUCACAGCUCCGCGAAAUGAGCUCUUUCUUGGAUCGUGGGGAUGCCACAUUGAGGCUUUUCCUCUGGAAGAGACUACAAGAUGCGUACAAAAAGAUCGAAUAUCCUCCCAAGGUCAUAUCUUGCUAUCUGCGCAGUGUUGAAACCAUUGUGAAGGAACUUGGGGGCCCAGCUCAUCUGGAAGAACCUAAGGAGCACCGUCAAGUUGCCCUUCUGAGGUGGCUCAAAUCCCUUGACAGUAUCUUGAAACAGACUGUGAUACUCGUUUUGAACGAAUCGGAAAAGGCGUAUGAGUGCCUUGACAUGGAUCACAUCAAGUCCUCAAUGUCCGCGGUUGCCUUUCUAACAAGGCUUCUCCAUAGUUUUGCCCUGUACGAAGACCUGGUUCGUGUUGGCAAACUUUCUGGUCCAGAAGUUCGCGGACAGUUGUCGAAGGCUUUGGAAAGCCUCAAGGAUAAGCUGCGCGAUAUGCAAGUCCGUUGCUGGAUCUUGCAAUAUACCCUCUUCAAAGAAGCCAUCGCGCAGAAUACCGAGACCUUCGACACCCCCUUGGAGGACCGUAUACAUUACUUACGAGCCGUUCACGGUGCUCUCGGUAUCCGCAAAAUGUGCAGACUCUCUCAGAAGCAAUUCCUCAAACUCGUCAGGUCCGAACUCUUCGCCCUAGAGACGACACAGGACAUCGAGUUAGAUAUCUGCCAGAUCUUGUACGACAUCUACGGCAUCAAGUUAUCGCCGAUAGACGGUAUAUUGGCUGAUCAUGGGUGUCCACCUGAGAAGCUAGAUCGGGCCACGGCCAUUGUUAUGGUGGACUUUGUCAUGAGGCAGGCUAAGAAGAUGAACAUCAAGGAUUUGUCGAAGUCGGAGCUGAAAGGUACCUUCGAUAAGAUGCAGCAAGCCAUUGGAACCACCAAGACCUCGCCCCCGCUGUCAUACAACCGGCGCAUCAUCAACGCAUACCUGAAAUCGCCAAUCAAUCCGAUGGCGCUGUUCCGCGCCAUUCAAGGAGUGGCUGACCUUUCACUGAUCCCCGUGCCUACCGAAAGUGCGAUCAUCGCUCGAACUGGCUGGUUUUUCCUUCUAGGCCAUGCUGCUUUGACCAAGUUCCGCUCCCAAAAGCGUAUCAACCCCAUACCAACGACCGAUCUUGACGAUGCUAUCACUUGGUUCAGACAGGAUUUGGAGCACGGAACUUCCAGAUGGGAAACGUGGUACCGACUCGCUCAGACGUAUGACUCCAAGUUAGAGGAAGACAUCACCUGGUCUGCCGACAAGAUCAACAACACUCGAAUGGAGUUGGUCACGUGGCAGCGAAACGCGAUUCAUUGCUACGCUAUGGCCAUUGCAACUGCCAUCAGAGACUCCGAGCCAACGGUCGAGACCCGUGCAAUGCUCUCAGAGCUAUUCACGGACUUUGGAACCCGUCUUUACUCUUCUUCCCGGGCGCCACUCUCGAUGGGGGCGUUCAAUUUGGCUGAUUUCACGCGGCACUUCAGCAACGAGGAGAACCAAGAAAUGUACGAAGGAAGGCCUUUCAAGGAGAUGAAAGUGUAUUCUGUCUGGAACCUUGCGAGCUACCUACUGAGGCGUGCUCUUGUUGACAAACCCAAGAAUUGGAUGACCCAUUAUAUGCUAAGCAAAUGUCUAUGGAAGAUGUUCAGUUGCGACGAGUCUAUCAGAGGCAAUUUCAAGCAGAUUGAUGUUGAUGUUGUCCUGGACUCUUUGCUGGAUGCCAUUGAUGCGCUUCCGCAACGGAAGGAUUCCCGCUCCGAACCUAUUUUCGAGCCGCAUUAUAAGCUGUUAACUAUAGUGCACAAGCUCGUUCAUCGCGGGGUAUUAACGGCCGCAGAGGGUAGCAAGACUCUCCUCGCGACUCCUUGGGCUCGCAAGGUGCAACCUCCUGAAGAUCAGGGCGCAUGGAAGCGAUACAUAAUGGAGGUGCUUCGGAACCUGAAGAGUGCGGACAAGUCGAAUUGGCACCAUCGCAUGGCUGUCAGAGCUGCGCACAUCGUUUACGAUGACGACAAGGACUCUGCUACUGCAGCCGCCGCCGCAAGGACCGAGCUUACCCAGCAAAUCUUCACGAAGACCAUGACCAUCCAGGUCUGGAGACCCGAGUACGAGCGCCCCGGCAGACACUUCGUCUACACCACGCGCUACGCGUACUUCUUCGUCGCCCUUCUCGACCAGCUCGACGACCGCGCCAACCUCGACCAACUCCUGCGUCGCGUCCGCAAGAAACAAGGCGACUUCAUCAACCACACCAAGCUCUGGGAAGACGUAUGCCUGACCUAUGCCCGGGUCAUCCGACGAGCCGGACACAUCAGCGAAGGCCACGAAGAGGGGGUCUUCAAGCCGAUCGGCUGGGAAGAAUUUGUCGCUAACACCGCCCGCCUGGAAGCCCUCACCGACCUGGCCCCCGAAAGCGCCUCCCUCCUCGAACUCCUCCGCGACGCCAUCGAGCUCAAGAAACUCAAUAACAACCUCAUGAAAGUCUCCCUUCUCGAAGACCUAAUCGCCGACCUCUACUCCCGCCUCUACGAAGUCAACAUGCCCCAAGUCAUCGAACAAGCCAACGAAGAAAACAAGGAAAAAAUGAAACUCGACCACCUUAUGGCCGGCGACGGCGCCAUCGCCAUCCCCACCGCCGCCGCUGCCGCUGCCACCGCCGCCGGCAUCGCCCGCCGCGACGUCCAGAAACGCGCCGAAACCAUCGUCACCCGCAAAGUCGCCCCGCGUGUCCCCACCACCGCUAAAGCGCCUGCCACGCUCAACCUCGAAACCGAGGCCCCCGCCACCGCCGCUGCCCCGACCUCCGCGCCCAAAGAGCCCUUCCAGCCCGAGGCUGCCGUCCCGCCUGGCGGCACCGAGGAUGAACGCCAGCAGAGUGAUGGCGCGGAUAGUUUGCAUGAUAGCGCGGAUGAUGAAAGCGAGCUUAGUGAGAUGGAUGAUGAGAAGCUAGCGAAGCUUACGACGGAGCGGAAACUCUUGUUUCCGAAUCUGGAUGAUCGGGGCUCGAUGGAUCCGGAGUCGGAGGUUGAUGGGGAUGGGGAUGGGGAUGGGGAGGGUGAUGGACAUGAGUUGGUGGAGGGGGAAACGGAGUUAGUUGAGGGUGAGACUAUGGUUGAGGAGGCUGAUGAGGCUGACGAGGCUGCCGAUGGUGAAGGUGAAGGUGAAGGUGAAGGUGAGGGUGAGGGUGAGGGUGAGGGUGAGGGUGAUGGAGAAGGAGAAGGAGAAGGGGAGGAAGGAGUCGACGGAGACGAAGCCGAUAUCGGGAAUGACACUAUCGAGAUGCAAGAUGAAGGCGAAGGCGAAGAUGGAGACGAGACCGAGCAGGCUGAGAUCCCUGGGACGGACCAAGACAGCGACAAUGCGACUGAACCUGAACCGGAGCCGAUGGAGAGCUGA